CAGUGCGUUCGGUCUGCACUCACGACCUCGGUCAAGAUUCUCCCAUACAGACCUCCUGCUGGGUUAAUAAGCCGAGCUAAAUAAUAGGCUUCUGUCUCUGGAAAUUCACUCUCCGUAGUUCACCCUUAAUAAGGAACGAGACGCUUCGUACAACUCCCCUCGAGGACAUAACAUUUUUCUACGAUCGCUCAAAAUACAAAAUAUCCGUAAAACUGAUCCAGAAAUGACAGUCAUUUUCUUGAAUACCGUGACUCUAAGAGGUCUUCUAACGUUCCAAGAUCGUCGUAAACAAUUUUCCAGGUUCACCGUAGCCGACUUUGAAAAUUGUACCGUAGAAUUCAAAAUCAAAUCGCCGUUCAUCUUAAGAAGAGUGCUGGUUUGGUUUGCUUAAAUCACAAUUUUGUUUCACAAACGUUAACAAAAAUUAGAUUGUCAUUUUAUUAACAACUCGGGUAAUCCAUACAAUUCUAUGCGCACCUUUAAAAAUUCCUUGGAAAUCAUUUUCAUCAGUGUGGCACAAGAUUUUGUUUUUUAAAGGUGAAAUGAUGAGAGGCGACAAAAUAAGUGAUUCGAACUAUAUAUAUGAGUAAUGGAUUGCGAUGAUUUUUCGAACAGGAUGUCAAACCAGGGUUACGAGAAGAUAACCACUGGCAAUGAAGAGGAUGGAACAGAAUCCUCUCAUCCUACAACUUCGGCCAGUUUGCUCUCUCUUCUUUCCUUCUGGUGGAUGAAUAGUGUCUUUAAAAUUGGAAGUAAGCGACCUUUGAGGCAAUCGGAUUUCCUGCCGCUUCACGAGCAAGACAGGACACGUGACCUAACAGAGCGACUUCAGAAGGAAUGGAACAACCAUGUACAAGAAUGCAACAUGACUGAGGGAAGACAACCCAAACUUUGGAAAUGCGUUUUGAAAACAGUGUCCUUCCACGACAUCUGUUUGCCUAUGUGUUUUUGGCUCCUGGAAUCCAUGUUCCGUGUUUCACAGCCACUUGUGCUAGGUGUCCUUCUUCACUUGUUAGACUCCGCUGAGAAGAGCCCCUCCUUAGCAUACACGUGCUGCGUCUUCUUAACACUCAGUGGAUUGACGUCAGCCUGUACUCAUUACUCUGCUUACAGCUGUGACUUACUUGGUAUGCGACUCAGUAGUGCUAUUAAGGGGAUUGUUUAUCUCAAGAUAUGUACCAAAAAUUCUCUUUCUGAUCUUAUAUUCAUGAUGACGGUUUUAAUUUGUCUUCAGAUUCCCCUGAUCAGUCAACAACGCCUUCUGGAAACAACAACAGGGAAUGUUAUUGACCUGAUAUCAAAUGACGUUCAGAGAAUGGAACUGGCCCCCAGAUGGAUAUGUACCGCGUUAUUGCCAGUUUUCGAGUUUGUAACUGUUGUAAUCUUGCUGUUGUACUUCAUCGGUUGGCAGACAAUAAUAGGCAUUUUGUUUCUACUGACGGUGAUCCCUUGCAUCAUGGUUAUCUCAGGCCUUUGUGCUCAGUUGCGUCUACAGACCGCUGAGGAAACGGACCGACGUAUUUCACUCAUGAACGAGCUUGUGUCUGGGAUCCGUGCUGUUAAAGCGCACGCGUGGGAGAAGAACUACAGAGAAAAAGUGCAAGAAGUGAGAAGUAGCCAAUGUAAUAUUACACUACUUUUUGUUUUUCCUUAUAGGAGUGAAGUUUGGAUUAUUCUUAAAAAGAGCGUCUUGUUAUCGAUCAUAGAGUGUUUCUCAUUCAUCUCUGGUCCCACAGCAACCUUCUUCGCAAUUUUUGCCCUCAUUCUCACCGGCCAUGCUAUCUCGCCUCCAACAGCCUUCACGGUACUAGCAUUUAUGAGUGUUCUUCGCUCAUCAGUAUCUGUCGUUCUAGCCUCAGUUUUUGAGAUAUUUGUGUCGCUUAAAAGGAUUCAGACCUUCCUUCUCUUAGACAAUAUGCCUCUGGAUCCAUUGGAAUACAGCCAAACAUCUCUUGGCCAAGAGCAUAUUCUCAAAAGCCCAAAAGCGUACCCAAAGGUGUCGGUAAGAGAACCUGUAACGAUGGAUGCCGUUCCUCCUUGUUCUGUAACACAUGGACUGCAUAAAGAUGUCAAGCAAUACGAAUUUCAGAGUAAGACUGAUUUCUCAGUUUUUAAUCUCACGUGUAAGCUGAACGGUAGAGAUAGCAAGCAUCUCCUUCAUGAAGUCAGUUUUGAGGCUUCUGAGAAAAGUCUGACGGUCAUUACAGGUCAGGUUGGCAGUGGAAAGUCGACACUUCUGGCGGCGAUCGCAGGCGAGGUAAUCCAAUCGCGCGGUAACAUAGUCUGCUCUGGAACAAUAGCUUACGUUUCCCAAACGGCUUGGGUUUUCUCUGGUACUCUGAGAGAAAAUGUGUUAUUUGGUGAGCCGAUGUCAAACCAGGGUUACGAGAAGAUAACCACUGGCAAUGAAGAGGAUGGAACAGAAUCCUCUCAUCCUACAACUUCGGCCAGUUUGCUCUCUCUUCUUUCCUUCUGGUGGAUGAAUAGUGUCUUUAAAAUUGGAAGUAAGCGACCUUUGAGGCAAUCGGAUUUCCUGCCGCUUCACGAGCAAGACAGGACACGUGACCUAACAGAACGACUUCAGAAGGAAUGGAACAACCAUGUACAAGAAUGCAACAUGACUGAGGGAAGACAACCCAAACUUUGGAAAUGCGUUUUGAAAACAGUGUCCUUCCACGACAUCUGUUUGCCUAUGUGUUUUUGGCUCCUGGAAUCCAUGUUCCGUGUUUCACAGCCACUUGUGCUAGGUGUCCUUCUUCACUUGUUAGACUCCGCUGAGAAGAGCCCCUCCUUAGCAUACACGUGCUGCGUCUUCUUAACACUCAGUGGAUUGACGUCAGCCUGUACUCAUUACUCUGCUUACAGCUGUGACUUACUUGGUAUGCGACUCAGUAGUGCUAUUAAGGGGAUUGUUUAUCUCAAGAUUCCCCUGAUCAGUCAACAACGCCUUCUGGAAACAACAACAGGGAAUGUUAUUGACCUGAUAUCAAAUGACGUUCAGAGAAUGGAACUGGCCCCCAGAUGGAUAUGUACCGCGUUAUUGCCAGUUUUCGAGUUUGUAACUGUUGUAAUCUUGCUGUUGUACUUCAUCGGUUGGCAGACAAUAAUAGGCAUUUUGUUUCUACUGACGGUGAUCCCUUGCAUCAUGGUUAUCUCAGGCCUUUGUGCUCAGUUGCGUCUACAGACCGCUGAGGAAACGGACCGACGUAUUUCACUCAUGAACGAGCUUGUGUCUGGGAUCCGUGCUGUUAAAGCGCACGCGUGGGAGAAGAACUACAGAGAAAAAGUGCAAGAAGUGAGAAGGAGUGAAGUUUGGAUUAUUCUUAAAAAGAGCGUCUUGUUAUCGAUCAUAGAGUGUUUCUCAUUCAUCUCUGGUCCCACAGCAACCUUCUUCGCAAUUUUUGCCCUCAUUCUCACCGGCCAUGCUAUCUCGCCUCCAACAGCCUUCACGGUACUAGCAUUUAUGAGUGUUCUUCGCUCAUCAGUAUCUGUCGUUCUAGCCUCAGUUUUUGAGAUAUUUGUGUCGCUUAAAAGGAUUCAGACCUUCCUUCUCUUAGACAAUAUGCCUCUGGAUCCAUUGGAAUACAGCCAAACAUCUCUUGGCCAAGAGCAUAUUCUCAAAAGCCCAAAAGCGUACCCAAAGGUGUCGGUAAGAGAACCUGUAACGAUGGAUGCCGUUCCUCCUUGUUCUGUAACACAUGGACUGCAUAAAGAUGUCAAGCAAUACGAAUUUCAGAGUAAGACUGAUUUCUCAGUUUUUAAUCUCACGUGUAAGCUGAACGGUAGAGAUAGCAAGCAUCUCCUUCAUGAAGUCAGUUUUGAGGCUUCUGAGAAAAGUCUGACGGUCAUUACAGGUCAGCUCAAUAAGUGCGAGAAGCACCCUGCUACGCCUCGUGUCCCUCUACGCAUUUCUCUGGUGUUCUUAAAAAUUCCCGCGUGCAUGCUUAUAACAGAAGUAUUAAGGCAUCAAGAUCUACAUAAUCAAGUGUAUUCUAUGGUGAUAGCGAGUACACGGUGGCUUGCAGUAAGAGCUGAUUUGCUGUGUGCAGUGUUAAUCUCUACAGUGGCUUUCACUUCUGUCCUGCUAUCGCAACAUCCAGCGUCAGCUGGCCUCGCUCUUGCUUACGUUAUUGAAACCGCCAAACGUUCCCAAUACGCUGUGCGACAAUUUUCAGAAGUCGAGAAUCUUAUGACGUCAGUCGAACGAGUGAUGGCCUACACCAAUCUCGACUCAGAGCCGGGAUAUAGCAUUGAAAGAGGUCCACCAACCAACUGGCCUCAUGAUGGUCACGUGAGCUUCAGAAAGGUUGUCUUGAGGUAUUAUCCAGGUGGACCACAAGUGUUGAAAAAUCUAAGCUUUGAAGUUGAGGGAAAAACUAAACUUGGCAUCGUAGGCCGAACGGGAGAUGGAAAGUCGUCUAUUGUGGCAGCUCUAUUGCGCAUGCCUGAAGCUGAAGGAGAGAUAUUCAUUGACGAUGUAUGCAUAACGAGCAUUCAGCUGCAGGAAUCGAGAAGAUGCAUUUCGGUUCUCAGUCAAUCGCCUGUUCUCUUCAGUGAAUCGAUUAGGAAGAACCUGGACCCUUUGGAGAAACACAGAGAUGCUGAGCUAUGGAAUGUCCUUGAAGAAGUGAAACUUACUCACUUGGUUGAAGGCCUCGAAGGAAAACUUGACUACGAGCUGUUGGAAAAAGGCGAGAACCUGAGCGUCGGUGAACGGCAGUUGAUCUGCUUGGCUCGCACCUUACUACAGCAAAGUAAGAUUGUCAUCUUAGAUGAACCGACGGCGAAUGUAGAUCCUUACACAGAGAGAACGAUCUGGUCCACAGUACACGAGAAACUAAAGAAUUCCACUGUUGUCACUAUAGCUCAUCGGCUAAACACCGUUAGAGACUGUGACCUAAUCUUAGUGCUAAGAGAAGGCCAGGUGGCUGAGCUGAACACCUUCGACGCUCUCAUUGGCCGGGAGGGAGGGAUAUUUCAGAACAUGGCCGCUUCCCAAAACUAAUUUUUGCAGUUGGUUCAGCUGAUCUCUGUUUUUCUGUGACUGAGAAGGUCAGUUUAGCGUGGGAAACAAACAUGUUUAGCUUUGAAGCGCUCGUUUUCCGAGCUGGAUAGAUCCACUUAUUUUUAUACCUAAUCGAACUGACAGUCACGUCGCCCGAGGUCGCCUCGCCUGAGACUAUGGUCAGGUCGUCCGAAAUUUUUAGUCAUUUUUUAGUCAUGU